GAAAGGAGACGUGCUGAUCGAUGGGCACGUCAAGAACCACCUGAACGUUUUGUCAUAUGGAAAUCGUAGAUAAAGGCAGCUGGCUGCUUGGACUGCAGGCCAACUUUUCUCUCUAUCGUUUCAGGUCUUCUAGCUCCAUGUUUGCGUGAGAUGAACUAGAUGCAUCCCCAUGUCUGUGGCGCUCGACGACCCCGGUGGGAAAUCGGCUAAAGCUGGGGACAUGAGUUGCGAUGCACUGACGGGCAAAAACGUGGCCGAUGGAAGAUCUUCGAAAGAGAAGAGCAAUGGCGCCGCCGAUGAAACGGGCGCAUCGAAGCGGCUGGACGUGGACCAUCUGGCGGCGUCAACCUACAACAUCUACCAUCGGAAGGAGGGCAAAGAGCACUACAUAAUCACGCCCCUCACGUCGGCUUAUCAAGAAAGACUUCAUCCGCCCCGCAAACAAAGGGAUCAAGACAUCUUUCGGGAGGGCAACGUUCCAGACACUGCUGCGGAAAACACCUUCUUCGUGCACAAACCGUGUCUGUCAUUCCAUCAUCCGCCGCGAACACUGCGGCGAGGACCUCGCAAGGACAGUCCAGCUGUUUGUCUGAUUAACAAUUCCUGGUUUUGGAGGAAAUGGAUCCUGCAGUUCGGUGAGCAACUAUCCGCUCCCGACGUGAUCGAUCCGAGAGGCGUCGUUUCCGCCGACUGCAAAUUUGAGCAGCCGACCGAGAAAGCACGAAGGGUGAGGAGUUAUGGGGUGAGGACCUGGAGAAUGUGGGGCGAGUCGGGGAAGCAAUACCAUCGCGAAUACAAUAAAGAGCGCAAAGCCGGCCAGCCCCACAAGAUGGAGCCGGCCGAGAAGCCCAGAAAGGAUUUAAUUACUGAAGUGGUGUACUUUUCGUGGCACUCCCCCUUUACCCACAAGCCACGGCAGUACAGAUUCGACUAUGCCGGCCUCGAAUUUUACUGGAAAGGCACGGGCACCGUCAAGGAGCCGAGGACCUGCGGCUGGUGGAUGCGCUUUCAUCAUCUCAAACUCUGCGUGCGCAUUCCAAUUGUGGUUACGGUCUGCUUGGACGGAGACCGCCCGAUCAAACGCACCACGACUCUGGGCUCGACGCUCUCGCGCCUGGCGUCUAAGAGGAACGCCGGUUUCCGAGAGGAAUGCUUGGCGAAAUACACGAGCUCGAUGGCGUCGAAGAAGGCGGGCACCCUGCAGGUCUACGACGACGUGCUUCACAGGCUCCUGCUCGAGGAUGUGAUGCCGCUCGAUAUCAAGCAGAAGGAAGUGCUGGAGGCCACCGGCCCCGUCGGCGUCAAGAAGCUUAGGCUGUACGAGAUCAUCCUCGCCACGGCUAUGUGCAUGGUGAUCGGAGAGUGGCAGAAGCGGGAGGCGCUCAUUGCAUUGCUAGCGGCUGCGGGCGAAGGCGCCAACUAGUCAGGACCGCUCGCAGAGCCCUUGGUCGAUGUCACAGACUCUGCGCAGAACCGCUGCUAGCUUCCUGCCGAUGAAACCUCGUCCAGGCUCAUUAUUGCCUUACCACAGUAAUCCAACCCUUUCUUUUUUUCGCGCCUGCCCUCAACCUGCUCUCAGCCAUCGAUCAAAACUAUCUUGGUUUUGUCCUUCCGCUUUUAGUGACGUCGUGUUCGCAUGAUUAAAAUUUACGUGAUGAAAGCAGGUAGCGAGGACUGUGCGUUCUCUAGUUCGAACUCAAAGGAUGUCACGACGUUCAUGAUGUUACAAUCACCCUGUCCACAGCCAAAAGCGUGUGAGGGAGAUCCGUCGCAGCGCAGCAGCGUGCGGAUUUGCCCCUAAAGGCAAUAAGAUGUGUCCACCCAAUAUGUGACGACUUAGGUAGUCUUUUGGCGGCAUCCGUUUGUUUGCGAUUACGUAGCUCCUCAAAACUUCCAUUACAGCUUGUUUGCGGGAGAAUUUAGGAGAAUCGGCGGGGGGGAUGGCUUCGCCUCACCAAAAGACGA